UUUAGGAAAGUUAACUUGAACGAAUUGGUAUUGGUCAGACAACAUAAAAUUCUUCGAAGUUCCUGGACAUGCCACCGAGAGCUUUUACUUUUUUUGGCCCUGGUUUUAAUAGCAUUGGGAAUACUUGCUUACUAUUUCGGAACAACGCAGUAUUUUACAGUACAAGGUAAGGCCCACUACCUUAUAGUUUCUGAGGAGCAGUUACUGCUGCUUAAAAAGCUGUUAAACCGAUAAGAUGAUCUUAGAGACCUACUCGUGGAAAACUAUGCCUUCAUCUUUACAUAUUAGGUUCUUAUUGACCUUGUGGGAGGGCUGGACGGGAAGGUCCGUGCGUCAUGACCGCGAGCUUAAUAUUUUGCCGUUCGGCCCGACCAAACUCAGUCUAAAGGCAUUUUAUCAUAUGAACGCAAUGAACGGGCGCGCUCGUUUGUGUUUCCCUUCAAGGUUUCGCCGUGUUCUAUAUUGCCAGACGGCUUUUUCCGGACCGGCUCACGUCAACACGUCUGGCCAAACACUUUGGUUUACUAUGGGAUUGCGCGCGCGGUGUCAGACGGGCUAUAUGUUAGUAUUGAGUAUUAAGUAUUUUCUCCUUCCCUUCACAGGGCAGUUUGUGAACUUAAAUGCUGAUACUGUCAUCCAGUAUUUCAGUAGCUCCGAAAAUAGAGAGGAAGAUGGGAGGAGUUCAAAGCCAGUCGUCGUUGAAACGAAAAUUAACCUUAAGACUACCCUUCCCUCACAGAUGAAAAAUAUUAACAAUACAAUAAUUUCUUCUGACAUGGCAAAUAGUUUUAGCACAGAAAGUUCCAAACAAACAAAAGUUCAUAUCAAUUCGAAAGCAAGUGUAAAACUUUCCCCGCCUACCGGAAAGAGAAAAUCCUCGAAAAGCGAACAAACUGCUCCAGAAUUGAAGAAUGAAUCGUUCUUUUCCUCGAUGAAAGACUUAUUUAUUCCGACAAAAAGAAGUAAAGCGAAACUUUCAAAAAUAGAAAGUUUCCAAAGAAAAGGUCACGUCAUUCCGAGAAGUUCAAAUCUUCCAACCAAAAGUAUGAAAUCCACGGUCAGAAAAGUUCAAGGAACUUUAAGAGAAAUGAAGAAUAUCAAGUAUUCAGAUUUACAACGAAAAUCUUCAACUGCACCAAGUCCUCUACCGAGGACGAAAUUCAACUUUGAUUCGUGGUAUCGUAAACAGACAAUUGAGAUAUGUGGAAGUGGAUGGCAGGACAAAUACCGUGAAUUACAUGACGAUAUUCUAAGCAGGCGUCGCCAAGAGAAUUAUCUCGUUUAUCUAUGUCCUGGCACUCGACAAGGUUGUUGUGGUUAUGGAAACAGACUCAGAGCUGUAGCGUCGCUAUUUUACCUCUCAGUUCUUACUGACAGGGCUUUUCUGAUUGAUUGGCGUGCGCCUGAACCAAUAGAAAAUCAUCUGACACCACGAAACAUCCAAUGGAAUUACAGCGAACCCAUUGAUAUUUGCACGGGAUUACAAAUACGAAAACACUAUUGGGGAUCUACGAAAACGGACGUUCGCGAAGCUGAAGGGUACAUUAUUCAAGAACCAAAACACUUCAAAAAAUGGUUCACUUCUACAGAUUUAAAGCAAUUUUUUGACUGGCCGGUGGAAGAAAUAACCACGAUAUGGUACUUCGCCGAGGGUGGGAUAAAAAACAAUCCAUUUCUUAUGAAGCGCGCCAAAGACUUAGGAAUAACACCCUUGAUUUCUAACACACCAAAAUUUAAUCUCAUAGGAUGUGCGUUUGACUUUUUGUUCUCAAAGUCGGAAGCUUUGGAAAGGAAACUGAACGAAAUGAGAGCGCAGUUACAGUUGGAUAAAGGGCCAGUUAUUGGGGUACACAUACGAACAGGGGACGACCAAUUUGAUUAUUUUUCCUCCGAAAACGUCCGCACAUGGAAUGCCAGAAACGUUUCAAAAUUCUUCGAGUGCGCAACUAAAGUAGAAAACGAACUAUUUUUAAACGAGACAGACGGACGAGAAAAAGUCCGUUGGUUUCUCUCCACUGAUAACGAGCAAGUGAGAACUUUAGUUCAAGAAAUCUAUCCACACAAGGUAGUCGCGACCAAUUUAACAAUCUUACACCUGGAUAUUCUCUUCAACACCACAAUCUUCAACUUUACGGCACAGUGUAACUACACGGAUGAAACUAACACAACUCUAGUGUGCUACAAUGUCGAAAUAUUAAAUGUAACUGCAUAUUGCCUAAACCGCACAAAAUAUAAUUUUACUCAAGAAAUAGAAAAUAACUCUACAAUUUAUGGAACAGGGAUGGCCACAGAAGGCAUUAUUGCUAUGUUAGUGGAUCAUUUCUUGUUAGCUGAAAGCGAUUUUCUUGUCUUGUGCGACAGCAGUUUUGGUUCAACAGCGGUGGGAUUGGGUAUGCGUAACACAGAUAGCUAUAUCUUGGCCGAUCGAGGUUGUGUUGACUUUGCGACGGCGCAGAAAGAUACAAGAUUGAGGUUUUUCGGAAGACGAAGACGGUGA